CGCAUUAAGGCGCAUAUUUUCAGGCGCUCUCUCAGAGCUUUGCUUCGAAGUAAAACAUAUUCUAGAAAACACUUCUGGAAUGCAUAGAGUCAUUUGCCUGGUGCUACUGUCAAUCCUUUGGAUCUCUCCCUGUGAAGGAUAUGACCCUUGCUGUGCACAACCUUGUCAAAACCAGGGUGUGUGUUUGUCCAAGGGUGCUGAUGCUUAUGAGUGUGAUUGUACCAGGACUGGAUAUUAUGGUGUGAACUGCUCUACCCCUGAACUUUUCACACUCAUCAAAUCCACACUGAAACCAAGGCCAAGCCUAGUGCAUCACCUCUUAACGCAUUAUAAAUGGAUCUGGGACAUCAUCAACAACAUUUCCUAUCUGAGAGAUGCCAUAAUGCGCUAUAUCCUGACAUCUAGGUCACAUCUGAUUGACAGUCCACCAACGUACAAUGCAGAUUAUAACUACAAAAGCUGGGAAGCUUAUGCCAAUCUGUCCUAUUACACCCGCAGUCUUGCACCACUGCCCAAGAACUGCCCUGCACCUGAUCUCCCUAAUGCAAAGCAGGUGGUGGAGAAGGUGCUCUUAAGGAAACAAUUCAUCCCUGAUCCACAGAGGACUAGUCUUAUGUUUGCUUUCUUUGCCCAGCAUUUCACUCACCAGUUCUUCAAGACUGAUUUUAAAAAAGGACCAGCCUUCACCAAAGCCCUGGGUCAUGGAGUGGAUUUGGGGCAUGUUUAUGGAGAGACAUUGGAGAGGCAACACAAACUUCGCCUAUUCAAAGACGGCAAGCUGAAGUAUCAGGUUGUAGAUGGUGAGGUGUACCCUCCUCUAGUGAAGGAUGUCCAGGUGGAGAUGCAUUACCCUCCUCACGUCCCAGAGGAACAAAAAUUUGUUGUGGGCCAUGAGGCCUUCGGUCUGGUUCCAGGUUUGAUGAUGUAUGCUACUAUUUGGCUGCGCGAGCACAAUCGUGUCUGUGAAAUCAUGAAGCAAGAGCAUCCUGAUUGGGACGAUGAGAGAAUCUUCCAAACCACCCGACUCAUCCUGAUUGGUGAGACCAUUAAAAUUGUUAUUGAGGACUAUGUUCAGCACCUGAGUGGCUAUCACCUCAAGCUCAAGUUUGACCCAGAGCUUCUCUUCAAUCAACGCUUCCAGUAUCAGAAUCGCAUUGCGGCUGAAUUCAACACUCUUUAUCACUGGCACCCGCUGAUGCCUGACAUCUUUCAGAUCCAGGAUCAGGUCUAUGGCCACCACCAGUUUAUAUUUAACAACUCCAUUGUUACAGAACAUGGCAUCAGCAACCUGGUGGAGUCCUUUAGCAAGCAGAGGGCUGGACGGGUUUCUGGUGGAUGGAACCUGCCAGCUACAGUGCAAGGAGUUGCUAUUAAAGCUCUCGAGCACUCCAGAGCGAUGCGCUACCAGUCUUUCAAUGCUUACAGAAAACGUUUCAACAUGAAGCCCUACUCCUCCUUUGAGGAGAUGACAGGAGACAAGGAUCUAGCAUCCGAACUGGAGAAGCUGUAUGGUCAUGUAGAUGCAGUUGAGCUCUAUCCUGGUCUCCUUGUGGAGAAGCCCAGACCCAAUGCUGUAUUUGGGGAGACAAUGGUGGAGAUGGGAGCCCCCUACUCUCUCAAAGGACUCAUGGGAAAUGCUAUUUGUUCUCCUGAAUACUGGAUGCCCAGUACAUUUGGUGGGAAAGUGGGAUUUGACAUUGUUAACACUGCUUCAUUAAAGAAGCUUGUGUGCUUAAACAUCAAUGGACCCUGUCCAAUGGUGUCCUUUCAGGUGCCUGAUUUGAUAUAUCAAAGUUCAGAAAACAUUAAUUCAAGCACAGUGCACUCCAUGCAAAAUAAUAUUAAUCCAACUGUUGUCUUGAGAGAGCGGAGUUCAGAGCUCAUUGACAUUGUAACCAUGAUGCCAAUGCAGACAGAGCCCCCACAGCAUCUGAGACAGUAUACUCAUAACAGUGCACAACAAAGACAGACUGUGACAGCAAACAGUCAGGUCUUAAAAGAAGAUUCCAGGGAAAUCAUGUCAACUGAGAAUGAUGAACUACCAGCAACACAAACAGGACCCAAAGGGGUGAUUCAUGACUGGAGAAAGUUCAAACUGGGGAGUGAGGAUCUUGAAAGCAUCCCUCUAAACAAAAGAGAGCUCCUCAGACAGAUGUCCAACCCCAAAUCCAUCAAUGAUGACACACAGGAAAAACUAAAUCGCAAGAUGAGUGUUCAGGAAUACGAGAUGAUCCAAGAGGAGGACGAGAUGUGUCUGCGUAAGUAUCGCAAGCAAUGUAUGCAGGAGAUGCAUGAGCGCCUAAGCUUCGGGCCCAAGUUUGAUGCCGUAUUUGAGUUGGAUAGUGGCGAGGCAUUCAUGGAUGUCAUUGAGAAAGAGCAUCGCUUGACACUCGUGGUGGUGCACAUCUACGACGAUGGGAUUAAAGGUUGUGACGCACUUAACAACUGCCUGACCUGCCUGGCAGCAGAGUAUUCCAGCGUCAAAUUCUGCCGAAUUCAGGCCUCAGUCACAGGUGCGGUUGAGCACUUUUCCGGAGACGUUCUGCCCGCUCUGCUGGUGUACAAGGCCAGAGAGCUGCUAGGCAACUUCCUGUGCUUUACAAAGCACCUAAACGAGGAGUUCUUUGCCACUGAUGUUGAGAACUUCCUAAAUGAGUAUGGUCUUCUACCAGAAAAAGAGUUUGCAGCCUGUCAAGAUGAGGAAGAGAAUGCUGAUGUGGAAUGAUCCAGGUGGAAGUGUUGCUAAUCAACCAGUGAGGGCAGUCAGACUUG